CAGACCGAGCCUUUACUCGCAUUUGCGGAUUUUGCUAGCAAAAUUAUAGUUACUAUCGGAAAAAUCUUGCAAUUUUUGCCACCCUACCAUUUCCCAAGUCUUCGUAAAAAUUUAUGUAGUUUGUUAUUGUUCCCGUAAAGGUUAUGAUUUUACCGCUGCCAUAAGUACCAUUCACCGAACGUUAAAUCCGGAACUGCAACGCAAGUCAUAAUGAGCCAACUGGAACGCUCGCUACUUCUAUUGGACGAGUCAGUCGUCAAAUCGAAGCGGGGUCUACUCCGGGCCAAAGAUCGCGAUCUACGUAGUCCGCAUCAGUCGCUGCUGGCGGGUGGUCCGGAUGACUCCACCGCCAUGGACUUUGAUUUGUCCCUAACGGUGGGUCCGCAGGAGAUUCGCAGUUUUAUGUUUGAUCAACAGCAAAAUCUUUCGGCGAGUCGGUUGAGCUUGGCCGGCAGCCAGAUCAGCACGACCGGGGUGAAUGUGAGACACCGAACUGAGGCUCUGUUUGGCCAGUUUCUGGAGGUACUGCAGAGAAGAAACAGUGAAGCGGAGGUUUUUGAAACGGUGGAAGAUUUGAUUGAAACGUUGGAUGAAGCAUUGAAUGGGAUUGAUAAGAUGAUGGCGCAAUCGACAUUUGGUAAGGAGAGGAAAAUGUUGGCCGAUGAAGCGUGGUUGACCGUGGAGCGGGACACUUGGAAGUUGCUGUUCGCCUUGUAUAAAGAUCGACUGGUGGUGCAGAAGGAAGAUGUGGAGAUGGAUGAUUUGCCAUUGGUGAACAGCGAAAGGGCAAUUGUGGAGCACUUGUAUACAGCGAAUGCUAAUCUCAGAGAGUAUCAGUUGAUCGUGGAUUGGUUGGAACAGACGGCACUGGAGCAGAAUCGGAUGCAGAUUGGACAUUUUACGGAUCGAACAAUUGCGUGGGAGAAUACACUGCAUCAGUUGCAAAAUGUAGGCCUUACGGCAUUUGGAAGUACGAGGGAAAUCGUCAAAAGUCUGGACCCGGAUGCACCGGCCCGAGAGCGUCGUCCUCUGCAUGAUCUGGAUGUAGAGGAUCAAGCGCGCCUUUCGAGGCAAAUUUUCCAGGAGGUAAGAUUCGGUAGAAUCGAAGAAGCGCAGAAUCUUUGCGAGCACUGCGGACAACCAUGGCAGGCGGCGAUUCUGGAGGGAUGGAGGUUGCAUCAUGAUCCUAAUUAUGAACCAGCGGCAGGUACUUCCGGGAGGGCUUUGACGACCGGAGUCAAACAGGCCAUUGAGGGUAAUCCUAGACGGGACUUGUGGAAAAAAUUUGCCUGGAAGAUGGCCGAAAGUCGGGUCGUAGAUGAGUACACACGGGCAACCAUUGGAGCUUUCUGUGGCAAUUUGAAUGCCCUGUUGGCGAUCUUGGGCGAACACAACUGGACCGAUGUGUUGUGGGCUUAUUUGAAGACUCAAAUCGACAUCCGCGUCGAGAGCGAAAUCCGUUCGCACUGCGUCAAAAGCUAUCUCCCGAUGCCGGAAAAAUACUGGAACAGUAAGAUGUCGUUAGAACAAAUUUUCGAAGAACUGGCUGCGCAUAAGAACAUCCGCAUAAGAUCGUCCGCACAGGAGGUGGAUCGCGUCAUUCAAAAGUAUCUCAUCUUGGAUGAUAUUCCGGAGCUGAUGCGUCAAUUCGAUGCCUGGUUGGCGGACAGUUCUUUCCCUCUAACGGCACAGAUGCUACGUUUCCUUUCGCAUUUGGUGCUGUUCAUUCGCCAGAUCGGGAAACAAUGCCAGGAGGACAUUGCCGAUAAGGUCAUCAAGCGCUAUGUGGAAUGUUUGAUAAAGCAUGGCGACGCGCAACUGGUAGCUUUCUACACGGCAGCCCUACCGACGGAUUUGCAGCUUCUGAUGUAUUCCAAGUUUCUGGAAACGGUCAACGAAACUCAGGUCCGAAAACGCGUACUAGAGGAAGCGUACAGUUUUGGGCUGGAUGUUCCGGCCAUUACGGUUUACACGGUGGAGAAAAUUCGCAAUCGGGAAGAGGAAUCGGACGUUAAACCACAGGAAGGUGACAUUACUCCUUUGGAUCAGAUGAAAAUCUCAUCUCUAGAGUGGCUGAUCUUCUAUCCGGAUCAAAGGGGAGAAUUGCUUUGGCAAGCGAAUGGGCUGAUCCGGGCAUUCCUAGCCAAACGUAACGUGGAAGCCGCUCGGAAAGCUUUCGCUACGGUUCCAGUCGAUACGAUCCAGCAGAUCAUCAACAACUACGGUUCCAAGGACGAACUUCCACGGAAAGAAGAAGCCAGCAUUAAGGAAUAUCUUUGCCAUCAAACCUAUCUGGCCGCAAUCGACGGAUACAACGAUUGGGUGGAGUAUUAUUACAACAUGAAGCCGAAACCUCCGCAAUUGGUAAAAUCUAGCAACUUUACGGAGCGGGUUGCUUCCGAGCAUCGCGAGCAAACGUAUCGGAACGAUCUGGAACGCUGGCAUACGCAGCUACAGGAGCAGACCACGGUCACCCGGGAUCUGCUGUACAACAUUCUGCUUUUCCCGGAGAAGGGAUGGCUGAUUGAUCCGGACUUUGAUGGGAAUGAGGGCUCCGAUGGGGACGAUGAAGACUGGCUCAACCGGGCCGUUCAGAUGGAGAAUCUGAGAAAGCUUUGCAUUCCGGAUGUGGUGCUGUUGUUGCAUCAGAUUUUCACCCUUUCCGGGCGGUACAAUGAGAGUUUACAACUAGCUGACGUUAUCAGUUCGGAACAGCGAAAGCUCUACACGGUUUACUCCAAGCACAAGCUGGCCGAGGUGAUGACCAAGAUUGCCGAAGCCUCGCUGGCAUUGAUGAACGAAAAACUGGACCCAUUCGUAGGCGAUGAAGGCAAGAAGAAGUAGAGGAAAGCUAAGACGUUAGUGGUAUUUGCGUUUCAAAU